AUGCCUAUCAUCCAGACCCCCGUCAACCAGAUCAAGCUCACCAACGUCUCGUUGGUGCGCAUGAAAAAAGGCAAAAAGCGUUUCGAGAUAGCAUGCUACAAGAACAAGGUUCUGGAAUGGCGCAGCGGCGUCGAGCAGGACCUCGACAACGUCCUCCAAAUCCCCAACGUCUUCUUGAACGUCAGCAAGGGCCAAACCGCAAACUCCCAGGACCUGGCCAAGGCCUUUGGCGCCGACAAGUCCCGCGACGACAUCAUCCUCGAGAUCCUCAAGAAGGGCGAGUUGCAGGUCGGCGAGAAGGAGCGCAACGCCCAGCUGGAUCGCGUGCACGCCGAGGUCAUCGAUAUUGUUGCUGGCAAGCUUGUCGACCCCAAGUCGAAGAGAGUCUACACGACCGGCAUGAUUGAGAAAGCGCUCGACCAGCUGAGCUCGCAGACGGCCCAGGUUGCCUCCAACAGCGGCACAUCUACCCCGCAAAACAGCGAAGGAAAGGAGGUCUCGAAAAAGGAUCUGCCCAAAUGGACUGGAGUCAACUCGAACAAGUCGGCAAAGUCCCAGGCACUGGAAGCCAUGAAGGCGCUCAUCGCGUACCAGCCCAUCCCCGUUGCGCGUGCUCGUAUGAGGCUGCGUAUCACCUGCCCCACCAAUGUCCUCAAGCAGGCUGUCAAGGCUGCACCGAAAGCCGGAGACGAUGGCGAGGACAAGGACAAGGCAACAGGCACGGUCAAGGAUCGCAUCCUGAGCUACGUCGAGGAAAUCGAGAACCAAGAUGUCCUGGGUGACGAGUGGGAAUGCACCGGAUUCGUUGAGCCUGGAGCCUUCCGUGCGCUGGGCGAGUUCAUCAGUGGACAGACGAAGGGUCGCGCAAGAGCCGAAGUGCUAGACAUGGCAGUCAUGCACGAAGACUAA